ACAGGGGGAGGCGCGACAAUCCCAGCUUUUCUUCCUAUGCGGUAAUAAUCAUUGUAUAGAAGUCUUCGAUCUCCGUAGCAAUUGAGCCAAAGAGUCCUUUUUGUGUCAAUAUCAACCAUUCUGCAAGAGAGAGAAAAUUAGGUGGACAAUUUUUAUAUUUGCUAAUGAAGUUGAUCAGCGGGGCCUUGCAAACGCCUUGAUAGUCAUAUCUAUUGCACGUUGUAGCGCAACUCGAAACUUCUGACAAUUUGAAGAAGACUGAUAUUUCUUAAUCAAAAGUAAAGUUGUCAUUUCUCGAAAGUUUGUCAACGAAUUUAUUUUCAACUGUCGAAGCGUUUCCGCCAUGCGCAGUCGUUUGUGAAUCAACAGUUUCUAUUUAAACAAACAACACAGGAGACAUAUCCCCGUUGACUUCCUCAUCAAGAGGACCUGAUUUUUUUCACGCCAUGGGUCCAAAACAGAGCAGUCCGGUGGCGGAUGGUAGAACCCGUGCUUAUUCCAGCUCCGAUGUCCCAUCUGGAACUAACGGGGGUGGUGGGUUCAGGUACACCAAUGGUCCGGACGGGCCUGAAAUUCGAUAUUCCAAUGGGAACCAUCCAAAUUCAUCAUAUCAAGCUGGAGUGAAUAUCCCCAACAACAGGAGGCAGGGGUCCCUGCUGUUUGGCAGCAGCCUAGACGACACAGACGGGGAGAGCGGGCUCUCUGGCGGCAGGCACCGGCUGCUUAUUGGGUCACUACCAGCGCACCUGUCCCCCCACAUGCUAGGAGGGUUCCAUUGUCCUGUGUGCUCUAAGUUUGUGUCUUCAGAUGAGAUGGAGGUACACCUGAUCAUGUGUCUAACAAAACCCCGCCUCUCCUACAAUGAGGAUGUCCUGGCUAAGGAUUCUGGGGAGUGUUCUAUUUGUCUCGAUGAGUUGGAGCAGGGUGACACAAUUGCUAGACUGCCCUGCCUCUGUAUCUACCACAAAGGGUGCAUAGACGAGUGGUUUGAAGUAAACCGCUCAUGUCCAGAGCAUCCCUCAGACUAGACUGGAUUUGAGCCACACAUUACUUCUUUGCUCCAUUAGCAUCCAUGGCUGACCUUACCUCAGCCCACCACCAUCUGUGCCAGACCCAGACUCUCCUUAGAGACUAUUUGCACUACAUUUCCUAGAAGUCUUCAAAUAAAGAAGAGAACUGUUGACCACUCAUUUAGUGAGGUAAAAAAAAAGAAAACUACUUCAGUCUGGUUUGUAAACCAGCUUUACUGGAGAAGAAAUGUGAAAGAGAAUCACAAGGGAGGACUAGGAGUUAUUGGGUACACUUCAGGGAAAUCUACUUUGGAUUUAAUUCCAUUUGUACUCCUCAGCCCUACAAACAAUAAUGUGAUAAUAUCUCUUCUCAGAACUGUGUAGUAGUAAAAAUUUUUACUUUUUAAAUUCUGAUAUACAACUUGGCGCUUCAAAUAUUUUUUUUAAUUGCCUGUGUUGUGUGCUAAUUAUUUGUCAAAUAUUGCUUAUCACCUCAAUAAUCAAGUCCAAUUCAGAUCAAAAAAAGUUUAUUGGGGUACAGAAAUGAGCAAUUGGUUGAGAAUUGAGAUAUUUCAGGGAUUACUGUGAGAUUAUCAUAGACAUGAUACAAUAUCCAUUAUUUGUGACUAGUAGUCACAUUUUGUAUGUCUAUUUAAGUGCCGUGACUGUAAUAUGCUGCUAGUUAAAUGUUCAUAGCCACAGUCGUCAAAUGUUGACAUGAUAUAAACCCCUCAAAAAAGUUCAUAAUUGUUAUUUCGGUCGAUUAUUCAUCCCCUUCAAUAAUACAAAUUGGUAUUGUAUUUUAUAUCACUGGAAAGCCUAAUUAGCCACCUUUACAACGAGGUACAACUUGUAAGGAUCGUACAUUCGUGGAAUGAGCAACACAGCUAACCGUGUGGGUAGCGGCCCCCAAAAAAGUGCCCAAAUCCUCUGCAAUAUUCUUCAAUUGGUAUUCACUCUCGUUUAGAGUUGCAUGGUGGAUUGGAUGAUUGCACUCUCCCACAGUAAUAAGGAAAAAAACACAUAUUGGCCAUUUUUACACUUUAUUCAUUUUACACUGUCAGGGACCUCAGUUGAAGAUCCAUACGCAGCCACAACAGCUUGGCACCUCCUCCUCACGCUGGUCACCAGCCUGGUCACACACUGCUGUGGGAUGGCAUCACAUUCCACAACCAGGAUUUGUCCCAAGUCAGCCAAAAUGUUUGCGUUGGUCACUCUGGCACAUACAGGACGCCCAAGCUGAUCCCACUUGAAGCUCAAAACGAGAGUGAAUACCAACAGAAGAAUAUUGCAGAGGAUUUUGGCACAUUUACGCUAACAUUUACGCUACCCACAUGGUUAACUGUGUUGCUCAUUCCACGAAUGCACGAUCCUUACAAGUUGUACCUCUUUGUAAAGGUGACUAAUCAGGCUUUCCAACGAUAUAACAUACAAUACCAAUUGGUAUUAUUGAAGGGGAGGAAUAAUCGACUGAAAUAACGUUUCCAAACUUUUUUUAGGAGUUUAUAUGUUUUUAAAAAUACUGCAUCCAAAUGUAAUGACAAAUGUUAGUUCCCACAUUAGGUACAUGACCGACAUGUACCUGAUGUCAUCUGAAAUUUAAACAUUUUGACAAAUCCACUAGUGUUUUGGUGAAUAUAAUGAUAUCACAAUGCUGCCUGCAUCAGUGAUUGAUAAUUUACCUGCAGAAAGGAACAGUGAUAAAGUGAAAGAGUUUGUUUAUCUUACAUUGGCUAUGUUAACUUGCUGUGUUUUGGGGUUAUUCCACAAAUACAUUAGUGACAGAGUAAUCUAAAUUGACUCUAGAUGUUGUUAGUUAAAUCUGUCUGCAUAUGUUCAAUUCAAAAUCAUUUCAAUUAGGCUGUCCAUUUCAAUUUACAAACACUUCUGAAUAAAGCACUGAUGUGAAUCGUUA